GGAACGCACUAAUGACACGUGACACAAGUCAAUAUAAAUAUAAUUUUAUCUGAUUUAAUUUUUCUUGAUAUUUCAAUAAGUAACAAAGGUAAAGACAAUAAUGAGUAACAAAGAUUUGGUAACAUAAAUCGAUAUUUGCGUUACCAAAUUGUCAAUUUGUGUCAUCAAAUAGAAAAUUCAAUGUCGCAGACGUUGUACAUACAUUUCUUGAACUAGUGCACCGCGCAACGUACAAGUACAGGAACAGAAAAUACUUGAUCAGCUUGACCUUAUGAUUCGUUCGCUUGUUCGAAUUGUCAGGUCACUGCACAGUUCUUCAGGAAAACUGAGAAUGGAUCCGCUCGAGAACGCUAAGAAAAGUGCGGCUUGCAAAGCUGUUAACGAAUACAUCCAUAAUAAUAGUGCCAUCGGGAUUGGCAGCGGAUCCACUAUAAUUUAUGCUGUUCAGAGACUUGCUGAACGUGUUGUAGAAGAAGAACUCAAUGUAAUUUGUGUACCUACAUCGUUUCAAUCUCGUCAACUUAUAUUAGAUAAUCAUCUUACCUUAGGCGACCUAGAAACUCAUCCACAUCUGUAUUCUGCAAUUGAUGGAGCAGAUGAAGUUGAUAAAGAUCUGAAUCUCAUUAAAGGUGGUGGAGGAUGUUUGUUACAAGAAAAAGUUGUUGCUUCCUGUACCAAUCGAUUUGUUGUCGUAGCAGACUAUACAAAAAAUUCAGUAAAGCUUGGCGAGAAGUAUAAAAAGGGAAUUCCUAUUGAAGUAAUUCCUAUGGCGUAUGUGCCAGUUAAACGUAAAAUUGAAGAUAUUUAUGGAGGAACUACGGAAAUUAGAAUGGCCAUCGCUAAAGCUGGUCCGGUAGUAACAGAUAAUGGUAAUUUUAUUCUGGAUUGGCAUUUUCCUGAUGUUGAUCCAAAUUCUUGGAAAAGGAUUAACAUGGAACUAUCCUCUAUACCUGGAGUUGUAGAAACUGGUCUAUUUAUAGAUAUGGCUGAGACAGUUUUUUUUGGUAUGCCAGAUGGCACUGUACAGGAACGAAGCAUAUACGAUUGAAUGAAACUUAUUUAAUUAAAAUGUUGAAUGCAUGUUAAUACGCGAAUUUUAUUACAUUUUAUUUUCAUUGAAAAAUUUCAAUAAUGUUUUGAUAACGCUGUUAAAUCAUGAUUCUUGAUAACCUUUUAUUGCUAUCUUGCCUUUUUUUUUAUCCUAUAUGCGUCAUUCCAAUUGCUUAUCAUUGUUUUUUUAUAUACUUUAUACAUUUUUGUUUAUAUUUCUAUUAUGUGCAAUUUGUACAAAUCAGAUCUUGUGUUUCCUUUAUUGCCAUUAUUUAAACUUGUCAUUAUGUUCAAUUAAAGUGUAUAUUUCAUAUUUUAGAAACAAAU